UUCUUCGUCUUAGUACCUGCAUCCAGUCUGGACUCACUACAGUCUUAGCUGUGCCUGUCAAACGGGUUUUCUCUCUCCAGCCUCUGUGUGUCUCUGCCGUUCUAAUACAAACACAGGAGACUGCAAGCAGGAAGUAGAAAAAACAGCAGGCAGCUCAUGAAAAUAAGGAAGUAAACGCCGUCGGAUCUAAGCUGGAGCCCCUCUUCUGCUGUAAAGCUGUAAAGUAAAGUGAAACUGGAUCAGUCGAUAGCUUUGUCAUAGAAUUCAAGGCACAACGGCUGUGCUAAGGAAGUUAGCCGUCAAGCUAAUUCAUCCACUGACUCCACAUUGUCUCAAAACAAGAGCUAGACAGAAAGAAAGAGAACAGAACAGAAAGAGGGAGGAAGACACAGACGAUCUCUUAUACCCAGAAUUAUUACCAGCCACCAUGGACCACAAAGGGGAACCCCAGGAUGGAGCUAUGGGACUGAAACACGAGGAGUUACCGCAGAUGGACGGGUCAUGUGAUGCGUGCGAGCCUGAUGAGCCCCAACCGGCCACGCAAGUGUGCUACACCUGCAGCUUUGCGUUCUGCCCUGAACAUGCUGACAGACACGCCAGCAGCACACAUCACCCUCUCAUGCCUUAUAACCACGAGGAGAUACAAGCUAAUGGACUUGGCGCAAACAGAGACUCUAGAGUUGUAGGUGGAGCUGAGGGUGCAUCUGGGGCACAGAGGGCAGCUGGAAUGGGUGAGAAUGGGGGGAUGGCAGUGGCUAAUGUGAGCGGCAAUGCUGGGGGAAAUGAAGGAGCACAGAAUGGUCUGCAGCUGGAGGCCGAGCUGGGUGAUGGAAUUCAGGGUGCAGAAGCAGGGCAGGAGGCUGUGGCUGCUGGAGAGGCUGGGAAGAGGGACACUGUGACAGUAGAGAGACUGCGCUGCAAGGAGCAUGGACAGGAAGGCUCUCUGUACUGUAAACCAGAUGAGAAGAUAAUCUGUGUGGUGUGUGCCGUGCAGGGUGAGCACCGCGAACAUGAGAUCAUCACCCUGCAUGAGGCCUACGUAUGGCAGAAGAGCAGGCAGGGUUAUGACCUUCUGGGCUGUACACAACAGAUGGCUGAGAAGAUCAAGACCAAGUGGACCAACCCUGAGAUGUCCACAGAGGAGCUAGAGGAGUAUGUGAACAGCCAAUUCGAUGAGCUCCGCAGAUUGGUCCGUCUGGAGGAAAAGAGGACCCUUCACCUCGUAGAUCUCAAAGAAGCGUUCCUGACAGCAUCAGCUGCUGAGAAAAUAGCUGAGAUCAGUGUCGAAACUGAGCGCCUGCAGGAAGAGAUGGCCAACAUCACUAACCAGCUGUGCCUGCUGGAACAGGUUGAGGCAGGAGGUCCGGCAGUAGUGGCAGAAGCCCUUGUUGCAGGGCCUGGACCAGCCCACAGAGUGCAGCACUCUAGAUGUGCAGAGUCUCAUGGAUCCUGAGAAUAACUGACUGAAACAUUCAUUCUCCUGCUUUCUUGCUCACUCUUCCACUGUUCAUCUGUCUGUCUCAUUGUGACAGCGUCUCCAGAUGGCACCUUGAGCUACAAUUACUCACUUGCCUUUUUACUGCCUUUCUGCUCAAACUAGGCAGGAUACCCAUUGUCUAUGAAACCAGGCCUGAAACAAUCCCCUUUUUUUAUUAAAAUAUCUACCAAUAACUAUUUGGAUUAAUUAGUUACAAUUGUAAUUGUAGAAAGAUUCAGUUUUGUAUUGAUCUUAUUAUCUGUCUUAUAAUCUUGUCUAAUCUGUCUUGUCUCAUCAUCUGUGGUUACAGCCCACUAAUACUAAUGUGUAUGCUGUUGUAAUUCUUGACCUGUACAGUUGUGAGGUAGGGUUUGGGAUUUAAGAUCCAUGAAUGAAAUCAUGAUAUAAGCUGACUUAUCGCACUAAUAAAACUAAUAAACAGAAUGCUGCACUGAAACAAAGUCAUUACCUUCAGCUUUGUGUGAUGGAAAGUUCAUAUUUAUAUAAGUUGAUCCUGUUUGCCGUUUUUGUUUUUUUUCCUCAUGUAAAGAACAAUCUAAUCCUGUUUACCAGAGAGCUACAGUUAUGGCCUCCAGCACUUUUCAGAAGUAAUGCUCUGAUUCCAACUAUUUACCACAAAAGACAGAGCGGCAGCUUCAGAGCCAUGUCAAAAAGGCAAUUGCAGCUCUGUAAGAGCAUUACAUUCUGUAGCCAUGUACGUAAGCCUGUGGAAUGGAGUAGUUAUGAUGUAAAAUAUUUCUCACCUGCUUUAAAAAAAAAAAACAUCCUUGCAACUAGUCUGAAAGAAUAGACAUCAAAUUUGAGGUGAGUCUUCUUGCAUAAAUUCAAACAAACAAAGUGCCACUGGUUCUGUGAAUAAUCGUAAGACUUUGUUUUAAUGCAGGCUCAGGCACACAGAUGUAGACUCACAUAUGGAGGGAUGAAAAAACGGUUUCUGAAAAUUUAGGAGAGCUAGAUGGGGAUCUUUUUGAAGAGUCUGAGUUUUCAGUUCUCAGCCUCCACAUUUUCAUUAAAAAGUAAUAGCUGCUCGUGGGUACGAAAACACGUGCGUUUACCUGAACAUUGCCUCAUGACUACGCAGUAAUUAAAAGCUAUUGACAUGUGCUGAAAGCACAGAAAGGUUUGUGUCUUCUAAAACAUUCAUACAGAUGCACAGAGAGGAGAGUGAAGACACUGAUUAAACACACACUUUAAAGAAAGGACAGGCUUGCUCAGGUAUGGACAGAAUAGACAGUUGUUGCUACUGUACAGUGGGUAGAAUGGAUAAUUAUAAAUAAAUAGUGUAUAAAUAUUAAAAAAUGUAGAAAUAUUACACUAAUGCCACAAUAAACAACAUAAACCAUUCAAUUUCCCUGUUUGUUGAGACAUGUAUGAAAUCCACUUAUGUGUUCUGUGAGUUGGUAUUGGUGAAGGUGUGCCUGUGUACAUACCAGCCCUCUUGUGUCUGCAUCACCCACUUUAUUGUACAGUUGCAUGAGGCCACAUUUUUACAUGUGAGACUGAACAGGUUCUGUUAGGUUGCUUUAGUGUGUGUUUAGAAAAGCUCAAGUGGAAGCUCUACACUGUUUAAGCUAUAACAUCCAUCACAUGGGCUGACUGUGGACCCCCCACUGGCUUAAAAAGAACAAAAUGUACCAAUGAAGGCUUAGGCUUUUCACUAAUUUCAGGACGUACUUAGUAUUUAUGACUGAACUA